CUUAAGGGCGGACCUCAGCGGUUUGAAAGAUUCGCGCGCGGGGCAGGAGCGGAGGUUCUUUGCGUGACUGGGAUGUCGGUGUUGCGGCCACUGGACAAGCAGCCUGGCCUGAACACGGCCACCAUCUUGCUGGUGGGCACGGAAGAUGCUCUUCUGCAGCAGCUGGCCGACUCGAUGCUCAAGGAGGACUGCGCCUCGGAGCUGAAGGUUUUCUCAUUUUUCAGCCACCUGGCAAGGUCCCUCCCUCUACCCUCCAACGUGAAUCGGCCCCGAAUUGACCUGAUCAUGUUCGUGGUCAACCUUCACAGCAAAUACAGCCUCCGGAACGUGGAGGAGUCCCUGCGCCAUGUGGACGCCACCUUCUUCCUGGGGAAGGUGGGCUUCCUUGCCACGGGCGCCGGCCGGGAGAGCCACUGCAGCGUUCACCGGAGCACCGUCGUGAGGCUGGCCCGCACCUACCGGAGCCCCCUGCUCUUCUGUGACCCGGAGGUGGACGGCUUCCGAGCCCCGGUCGCACAGCGGCUGGUGCGAAUGCUGCAGAUCUGUGCUGGCCAUGUACCUGGUGUCUCGGCCCUGAACCUGCUGUCCCUGCUACGGAGCUCUGAGAACCCCACCCUGGAGGACCUGUGAGGCCUGCGGUCCCCCCCGACUGAGUUGCCCCUCCCCAAGGCCUGGGGUCUGGGGCGCUAGUGGGACGGCAGCCCCCGCCCCGCCGUGCUCAUGCCAGCGGAGCCCCGUGUCUUCAUCUAUCUGCUGGGCUGCCCCACCGCCUCAGGCUUCAUUUGAACAAAGCAUCCACGGCUCAAAAGUCUGAAAACCCCUGGUCUUCUCCACCACCUCGAUUGUGCAGAUGAGGACACUGAACCCGGACAGUUAUGAGGGUCGGGCCGGGGGGCUUGGACUCUGCGACCCCAUCUGACCCCACAUCCUAGCCUUGCCAUCCUCACAGAGCCCCCUGUGGCCUCAUAGACCCUCGGUUUCCCCAAGUGCAUAAUGGAGAUCGUUCUACUGAGACAUUGUCGCGUUGGUUAGGACCGAAUGAAAUGACAGGCCUGCCGCUGUAGUGCUCCCUCCAUGUCAGUUCCGUGUAUCCCGUGAUCCUUUGCAGUAAGGCCUUGCCCGGUUCCAGCUAAGCGCUCGGUGAACGGUACCUAUUGUGUGAAAUCCCACAGAGCGGGGUUCAAAAGCUGGUGCAAACCCAGGAAUUACACUGUUUAUGAAUUGA